CGAACUUCUAGUGUAGAAGCACAUGUUCCAUGGCUUUUCCAAAUCACUAUUUAUAAAAGCUAAUAUUUCGCCUCGUUCGCUAAUUUAUAACUUAUAUCUAAAUGUCGACAAUCCUCUCAAGUAUCUUUUCGAUGUAGGGUUGUCAUGAAAUGAUCGAUGCGACGCAGAAGACGGGCAACCUCUAAGGAAUAAUUCAACCAUUUGGUCCAUCCCUCGAUAUCCCGAACGAGAAGACAGUCACGUUUCUCCCCUUCCUCGGCCGCCUAUUCCGGGCGCGCCUCUAUUACGAUGCCUUCCAUGUUGCGACUCCUGCGAUUACGGCCGAAUAUCCUUUCCCUUACCUCAAGGGCCAACCGGUCAAAUCUGCCCAGUUCUCAAAUUAUCCAUGUGCAUAGAGUCAAUAUCCGGCGAAAAUGGUUCAAGCCAAUGAAUUUUAUAGUCGCUGGGUGCAUCUAUUAUAUGUGCUACCAAGUAUAUACGUCGUCUGUUCUUAGUACCCUUGGUAGGUGGCUCGACGAUCAAGAAAAGCACCUAACCGAGGCGGAACGGCAAGAGAUAGAAGAAGCAGAGUACGACCCUAUAUUUAUUCCGCUCCCCUUCACCAUGAGGAUAGUCCCGUCCGAACCCUACAAAAGCACCGAUCCGGAGUGGCAAGCCUUUGUCAGGGUUAGCAAGGAUAGAGAGAAAGUGAGGGGCAUUCAGAGUGGACUCGCCGAUCUUGUUCGCAAAACCGCAUCAACACAUCCUAUACUUCUCCGGAGGUGCGGCGGGAACAUGGAACUAGGACGGUAUUGGCUCGACAUACAGUACCCAUCCCGGCCACCACCGACGUUCGUUCGGAAAGGAAUAUCAAUAGGCGACGACGGUACUUAUAUCGCAGAGGAAACUGUCGAUACCGUGACUGCUAUCCAAGUGCGACGUGCUCUUUGGCCAAGUACACUCACCAUGUCGUUAUGGAGUUUCUCGGGGGCGUUAUUGAAGCAGAAUGCUUCAAAUUUUGCUAAGCUAUUUGGAUACGCGCCCACUCAUCCGGAUACCUCAUUUCAACAGGCCGUCGAAAAGCUGAAGAAGUCCACCGGAGAGCCCAACUCUAAAACCCCAAAGUCUCUUUCAUCCGCAAACACGCGCGCAGCUGGUAAUUCGUCAACAGACCCGACUUCUCCUGUCGAGAAAAGAUCUGCUGAAACAACACCAGAUCCCAGGCCCUCGACAACCUCUUCCGGUUCGGGGGUGAGCAGUCCGGUCCCAAUCAUCCCCAACGCCGAGCCAGGCAAACCCAAGAGCGCCAAAGACAUGUACGGUAUCAAGACUACGCAAGAACAUACCAGUGGGCCAUGGAUUGCAUUCAAGCAAACCUUUGUACAGACAUGGCGACCCAUCGGCGGGUUUCCUCCGCGGGGAGCGAUAUACGUGGCCGGGCUCGUAGAAAUUACAACCCCGCGUGCUUUUAUCACAGUCGAUGUCGCCGCGUGGUGGGACCCGAAGACGGAGACGUUUGACAUGAAGAGCACUAAUAUUCGUCUCAAAAUGAUACGUGACAGGACGCAAAGCCCCCUAAGGUGAAAUAGGCAGCGGGUCAAACUAGGGCCGUAGGAAUCAUCACAAAUGACAUUAACAGGUUAGGCUGGCGUUUAGGAGGUAAAGGGAGGGGGGCAGGAUCGAAAACGGUUUGGCAGAAGCUAGGCAAGAUGCAUCGCUGCAUGCAUAUCAGGGGCGUUUUUCGGCUACAGGGAUAUUACUUUCUUCUUCGAAAUGUUUCAUAAUGGAACUAGAGCGAGCGAGUUUUGAGAAAGCUUUCUAAGACUAGUAGAUACCAUAGAGACGGGUUCGGAGGACGUUCCGCCUGCCGGAUACCCAAGGGUCCAGCGGAUUUAUACAUAUGCGUUGCUAUUCUAGCGCUAUGAAUUAUAGAAAGCCUUGCUUAGACGUUUGGUGGGUGCUCGUCGUUAUAUCACAAUACCAAGGAGAUACUUCAGAUGAUUUAAGUACAAUACGAUGACAUUUACCUUGGACCUUGGUCUUCAGUAUGAAGUGUCUAAAUAAAGCGCCGUGUACUCUACCACCAUGAAGCUACCUUGGGUUGAGGAAAUACGAC